AUGACGGCUACUGUGACCAGCAAUUCCACCGCAGCACAGCCCACAAUGCGGCCGAUAGCCAACGGGACCUAUAGGGAUUGCGUGAAUUACCUCAAUCCACCGGUAUUCCUCGACGUAUCCCGCCAUAACUCAUCAACCAGAUGCUCAGAUAUAGCUCGCAUCUAUGGCGUAACCGUUGCCAAUCUUAUUGAGUGGAACCUCACGUUGGAAGAAAGCGACGAGGCCUCGUGCCAAGUGAGCACGAACUACCGCUAUUGUGUCCAACGCUUUCGCCUGGAGGAAGAACAUGCUACCGAGUAUUGUCUUCGCAAAGAGCUCGCAACUGCGGCUUACACAUGCAAACAGUUUGCUUCAACACGAGGGAUUGACUUUGGUCAGUUCGUGGCCUGGAAUCCCAGCGUGGGCGUGGAUUGCGAGGACUACGAACCAGGCACGGGUCUGUACCAAGACUACGAGUACUGUGUUUCCAUACCGAAUUACCGACCGACCUACAGCACCAUUGCAACCAUGGCUCGUGCCACUCAGGCGGCGGAUGUCAUGAUGGCGGUUGCGACAGCUGCCCAAGACAUCGACGACAACGACACCAUGGUAGACACCGGCUCCGAGUCUGCUGAGAUCAGUUCCACCAAUACGAUGGAACUCGAUUCAGCUUCUUUUUCGAGUUCGAGUUUAAGUUCCUCAGGUACUGUAAUUGCAAUUGCAACUGCAAGUGCAACAACAACUGCGAUUACAACUGCUGUAUUGUCAAGUGGAAACAGUGAUGCGGUGACAACGAGCACCAAUACCCCUUCGGCUGCCUCUCAGUCUGUUGUUAUUCCGUUUGUACGUAUUAGGGAGGAAUAG